CGCAGCAGGAUACUCAAGGUUACGGUGAGCAGUAGCACGCUGGAGGAAGAAUGGACUCAUAUCUGAGCAGUGUCCGUCGGUCAGUCACCAUCUGACAGGAUGCAUAUCGCUGACUUUGUGUCCGGAUCAUUUGCAGGGGCAUGUGGAGUUGCAGUGGGAUACCCUCUGGACACGGUCAAGGUGCGGAUCCAGACCCAGAAACAGUUCACAGGGAUAUGGCAGUGUUUUGUUGCGACAUUUUCAAAAGAAGGGGUGCAUGGCUUCUUCAAAGGCAUGUCCUUCCCCGUCACCACCAUCUCUUUGACGUCCUCAGUGGUGUUUGGCACGUACAGGAACUGCCUGCAGUGUCUGAGUCAGGCCAGAGGAGCUGGUUUUGGUCCGAACACCAAACUAGAAAUCUUCCUGUCUGGCUUGGCGGGAGGUAUAGCUCAGACGUCAGUGAUGUCUCCAGGUGACAUCGUGAAAGUUCGUCUGCAGUGUCAGACGGAGUCCAAGAGAGGAGGCACCAACAUGCCCAAACCCAAGUACCGUGGUCCAGUUCAUUGUCUGCUGAGCAUUAUCAAAGAGGAGGGGUUCAUGGGGCUGUACAGAGGAGCGCUCCCGCUCAUGCUGAGAGAUGGGCCGUCCUACGCUACGUACUUUCUGACUUAUGCAACCAUUUGUGAAUGGCUGACAGGCGGCAGCAAGAAAAGACCAGAUUGGAGUGGUGUGAUGUUUGCUGGUGGAGUAGCAGGGAUGGUAGGUUGGACUAUAGGAACACCCAUGGACGUGAUCAAAGCCCGCCUGCAGGUGGACGGAGCGCGGGAGACGAGGCGAUACAAAGGCUUCUUCCACUGCAUCACGGAGACGGUGAGGGUGGAGGGAGCGGGGGUGUUCUUCAAGAGCUUAGGCAUCAACUGUCUGCGCGCUUUCCCCGUCAACAUGGUGGUGUUUGUUACGUACGAGGUUCUCACCGGGUUCCUGCGAGACGGACCCGACAGCGUUGACCCUCCUCGGAUGGGGUUCGAAUAGCAUUGACUGACGCUGUUGUCCAGGCCACGUAUUCUGUUGGAGUUUAUGUUUAAUGCUGAUGUUUUACAGACAUGAUGGCGAGGAGAUCUGGCAACUGUUGCACUGCAGUAUUUUAAUAUUUGAGCUGUUACGUGUUUAAUAAUCAGUUAGGUCAGUAUUACAUCCUAAUAUGCUCAGGGACUAAUGUAUCAGUAAUAUAGGCACUUCUGGUACCAGAUUGAACCAGCAAACGUUUCACCACUAGAUGGCUCCCCAGGCCAGCUUGUUACCGUCUUCUGUCCUUGAGCUGUAUAUUUAUGACGAGAGAACACUCUGCACAACUGGUGUAGUGUUUCACCAGAGGAGCAGCACACUAAUAAACCUCACCGGUGUUUAGAUUGCUAAAACAUAAGCUAUAUUUAACUGCUCUCAAGACCCAUUGAUGGCCUUGACUGUGGAGUUUUAUGAAUGAGCUGCAGGAUGCACAGUCUACAGUGUGAUACCCGUCCAGUCCCACUCUGCAUGUAUGCAUAUUUAAACAGCCAUGACUCACACGCAGCUCAGCAGCAAAAUGGCAAAGCUGGACGAUUUGAAUUAAACACAUUAUGUUGGUAUUUUUAAACCCUGAUGAACUGGAUCUAUGAAAGAAGUGUUUUAUAAAUAGAAUUGUAAUAAGAAAGCAGCCCAGGAGCCUGAAGGGAAUGUUGGCAUUGUACGUUUCUGCAAACCACCGUUUCUGUUUCUAUGAGCUGACUUUGCCAUCAGGUGUUAGAGGGAAUGGCUGAUGACAUGGCACCUUGGCGAGACCACCGUUCAAGACCAGCAAACAGCAAAACUGGUUGUUUUUUUUUAGAGCUGUCGCCGUGUAUCCAGCGGCUUUUUAGUCAUCAAACGUUGGUGUUUUUUAGUGACUCACCGCUGUUUUUCCACCGAGGAUACUGAGAUGUUGCUGCAUUUCCUGCCGGGAUUGUUCCCUACAAGAAAUGGUUUAUAUUUUACAGACAUUGCUGUGUUUUCUGCCGGAACAGGUCUUUGAAAAAAGUCGUUUUUUACUGAGACAUUGGCGCUUUUUCAGCUGUGAUCGUGCUGCUGCUUUAAAACUAAACAUGAUCUUUUCUUAACGUUUUGAGCCUUAACCUAACCACACGUCUACCACAUUCAUUCAUUCAUUGAUUUUCCAUAACCGCUUAUCCUAUUCAGGGUCGGGGGGGGGGGGCUGGAGCCGAUCCCAGCCGACAUUUGUACGCCCUGCACAGGUCACCAGACUAUCACAAGGCUGACACACUAGCCCUUUUUAAACAGGAAGUGUGCAAAAAGCCCAAUCAGUCUUUUUUCAGCAUUGGCAGUAUAAAAACAAAAUCGUGGAGUGCAGCAAAAUGCCGCCUACCUACUGUUGUUUAUACAGAAUGUGCCUUUUUCGGGGCAAUGGGGGGCGUGAGCAAGUAACAAAACGUGUAGCUCAGCGUGUGACGUAAACAGUGACGUGGGAGGGAAGCCGCGGCUGGUCAGUCCUUCGGUGAUUCUCUCAUAAGUCGGCCCGUCCUUCACCGUCCCCGUCAUCUGAUGGUUAAUGGCCUCUUCGUUUGCGAGGAUAAGGAGGGCGCGCAAUUCCUUGUCUCCCCAGUUGCUCAUCUUUACAGUGUCUGUCAGGUUUGUGUUUCCCUCUUGCUACUGGCUGCUCGCUAAUUCCUGCUAUCAGCUGUUUCCUGUUUAUCCACCGCCAGUGGCUCGCAUGUGCAGCGUCAUCAACAGCUCCUCCCGUUGCGGAAGGCCGCCUCGGUCUGUUUAAACUAAAAGGGUUCCACCAAUAUGUCUACCCUGCGAGGAGGAAAAUUGGGCACCUCAGAUCAACUCACCAAUCCGGCUCUGUGUGUCUAAACGCUCGCAGCUUGCCGGCAAAACGGCCCAACAUUCGUGGAAAAUUUGGCAGUGUAAAAGGGGUUAUAGAGACAGACAACCAUUCACACUCACAUUUACACCUACGGACAAUUUAGAGUCACCAAUAGAGCUCGUAAGUCACGCCCCUUCACAAAGCGCUCUGACACAAAACCUAACAGUAUCAAACUUCUUCCCGCUAAAUUGUAGCCUUCUUUGCACGAAAAAAUAUAUUAAAAAUUCACCAACAACACCUGUGAAAUUCAUGGCACAAUUCAAACGGGACCAGAAAAUAAUUUUCAUCUAGCCAUUGGAAUACAUUAUGAGAAAUCGAUUUUUAAGGUCCCAUGUACCAGAAACACGCAACUUAAGAGCUCAAUUAACCUGCAUGUCUUUGGACUGUGGGAGGAAGCUGGAGUACCUGGAGGAAACCCACGCUGACACGGGGAGAACAUGCAAACUCCACACAGAA